CAAGAUUACGUUUGUUUAAAUGAGUUCUAACAAUACUGAAAAAAAUGGGAGUAAAAAUGGAUCCAAAAAGAACGAUAAAUCGAAAGUUGAACAAUCUAAUAAUGGUGGGUCAUCGGUUUCAACUAUGAUUGGUAGUACAGCAUCUAGUGGGGUUUCAGAUGUUAAUCAAAACUCUGGAAUGUAUGAGCAGCUUUGUGAGUUGAUAGAAAGUGAGUUGAAAUGUGCCAUUUGUCAACAGUUGGUUAACAAUGCAGUGAAUAUUAAUUGCUCGCACACCUUUUGUUUCAAUUGUUUGGCCCAAUGGAGACGAGAGACAGGCCGAUGUCCUAUUUGCCGAGUGAAUUAUUCCAAUCGAAGUCGAGUAUUGAUGGUUGAUAAUUUGAUUCGCCGGUAUUGCCAAUUGGCCAAUAUUAAAUUAGAAAAAGUAUCACCAAUUUCUAGUCCUGUCAGCUCGAGUGAUUCAACAAUAACCAACGAUUCAUUCAAUUUUAUCACAUGGCCUGAAAAUAUUGUUUUACCAACUAUCAGAGAUGUUGGAGUCAAUACAUCACCUCGAUCUCAAAACAGUGGAAUCGUAGAGCCCAGUAGACAACUUCAAAUGGAAAUAUUUCAGCCAAGAGAAAAUCGACCGGAGAACAAUUAUUUUAGCUCAGGAGUGAAUAGACAAACUCGUCGUAGAAGAAGAAAUCGUCGACAGCGCAAUCAAGCACGAGCCAAUCGUCGUGGUAGGCGAAGAAGGGGUAACCAAGAAUCAGAUGUACGUUCCGCUUCUGACCGAAGAUCUGAAGUUAGAAGAAGAAGAGGUGAUGUUAAUAGAUGAUUCUGAUCAGUGUAAUCAUGUACAGCACCACACGAAAUAAUAACUGAU